AUGAGCCAGAGAGACACCUUGGUGCAUCUGUUUGCUGGAGGGUAGGUACCUCAUGACAGCCACUUACCUGCCAUGGCCUUUUACUCCAUGGUACACCUGACAUACAGCCUGCAUAGACUGUGUGCUUACACAUAGAUCUUACAUUACAUGUAUUGCUUUCAUAAUAAUACAGAUAUAUAAUAAUAAUAAUCAGCAGCUUUGUCUUAACAUAUUUUAAUAUUCUUUUCCUUUUUUUUAAUUUUUUUAUUUCUUUUUAAAUUUGAUUUAGAUAAUGCAUUUUUUAUUCAAAUUGCACAAUAUUAAUGUAGAACACAUGAUCAGGUCUGGAAUGAAAGUAUAACAAGUACAUACUGCUAUACGGUUACAAUAGCAUUCUUCUCCAAAGACUUGGCAUCACUUGUUGUUGUUUGUGGUUGUUUUUUUUUUAAAUGUUCUCUCUAUUUCAGAACUGUACAACAUUAUCCAUAUAUACCUACAGAAACCAUCGCAGUAUAAGCAGUGUUUUUCAUUAACAAUAACAAAAUAAUUCUGCAGUGACCGUUUUAUACUCUUACAGUGUAAAACACUGUCAAUAUGGAAUUGUUCAGUAAUUUGCAACAUAGGUGCAAACAAUCUUAGAAUGUAGCUUUGCUAUAGCUUAGGUUGUUAAUUUUUAUUUUUUGCUUUGGUUUUUUUAAAUAAACCAAUUGCUUAUCAUCCGUACUUGGUAGUUCCAUAUCUAAUACAACAACAUUUGAGCAAAUUUUCUGUUUUAGAGUGCAUUUGUUGCAUGCUAGAGUCUAGUAAUAGUUCAGUUUUCUAGACCCUAGUUUCCUAACUUAACUUUAAAGUGCUAAAAAUACAUAAUUGGACAUUUUGUAAUUAAAAUGUUAAGAUACAAAAUUGUCCACUUUUAUUCAACUGUGUAAAUUCCACUUUUUCCUCACAUCUAUAACUCUUUUUCUUAUGAUCUCCCUAAAACACUUAUAAGCAUACAUUCUAUGUGGCAUUUUUAGAAACCAUUUUGUUCAUGACUAGUUCUGUGUUUUUAGUGUAUAUGGGUAGCUAACCUAUACUGAUGUGUUUCUGGUCCUAUAUCCUGGUAAACCUAAGUAAUUGUUUAGUUUUGUUUUCGCUCAUGGCAAAACAAAUCUCAUAACCACUAGAUAAAAAGUCAAUGACUUGUUUUUUUUUGUUUGUUUUUUUGUAUUUCCCUGAAGGUAAUACCACACUGCAUUAUGCACAGUUGUGGAAUUAAAAAAAUCCAAAAAGUGGUGCAAGAAUGCACAAUACAUAAUGUAGUUUGAAGUAUUUAUAAUUUGGCAGUUACAAGACCCCAUCUCUUUUUUGAACAGCUUUAGAAUGUAGUAUUAGCCAAGGCACUUUCAGUGUUCCUUUUUAGGCAUUCACUUUGAACUGAGUUUGUCAUCCAUUGUUUGUGAGAAACAGAGACAGAUGUAAGUGCUUUCUCUGUGAGUGUGCAUGCAUUUUGUGUGUGUGUGUGUGUGUGUGUGUGUGUAUGUAUGAGCCUUGCACCCCUUUUACCUAGAGCAGGCAUAGGCAAACUUCAGCACUCCAGAUGUUUUGGACUACACCUCCCAUGAUUCUUUGCCAGCAUUUAUAGGUGUAAGAGCAUUAUGGGGGAUGUGGUCCACAACAUCUGCAGUGCCGAAGGUUGCUUAUCACUGACCUAGAGUGUAGAUCUGAGUUGUGCUGUAAUAUGUAAAUCCUCUAACAUACAUGACAUAUAUACUAUAUGCUAAAACACAUGUAUUUUAAAGGGUAGGCUUACCAUUCAUGCAUUUUGGGCACUGUCAUUACAUCAUUAUUCAUACGGAAAAAUAAUUUUCAUGUUCUGAUAAGUACAUAUCCACACUUUCCUGGGAAAUGCUGCUUACUGGAGGCAUAAAAGAAGGAAAAAGUUGAAUGAGAAAAAAUUAUCUAUCUCUAGAGGAGCAAGUUGCCUGACCAUUGGAAAUUGUCAAACAAUGUGUUUGUGACAAAAUAGGGGGAGGGAUACAAUGCCCAACCUUGGCUCUGGAUCAAAACAAUAAGUAUGUCAAAAAUAAAUUCAUAAAUCUACCGUAAAAUUGUGACUUGACUUGAUAACUAUCUGACUUUCUAUUAAGAGCUUCAUCAACUCAAAAACAGCCUUCCUUUGGUAGUGUUGGAUGGAAACCUUGACACUGAAUGUUCUUUUACACACAUCUGCAGCAGUGAAGUUGACCAUCACUGCCCUAAAGAAAUAUUGGAAGUUCUUCCAAAUGUAUCCCUUGUCCUAGUGACAUAUUUCAAACUUUCUAGUGAAUUUGCAGUGAUAACUAAAUGAAGUAAGGUGAAAUGUGCAUUAGCGAAGUAUCUUGAAUGUUCUGUGGCUGUGAGAAGGUUGAUGUGUUUUGUAAAGCACAAGUCAAAUAAGUCUUCUUGGUGAUCAGGUUGCUUUGACAGAUCCAGAUGUAAUAUGUUUUAUAUUGUCAUUUUAAUAACUUGAGUAAAGCUGCGGUUUUUGUACGGUUUGUACUGCACACCAAUAGAUUAUAUAGUGAUGGAUGCAUUAAUAGAUUUUGAGGACAUUGCCAGUAAGGCUUUUGACACUGUUGCACAUAGAAAGCCUAUCAAUAAACUGCAAUCUUUACAUUUGGAUUCCAAUAUUGUUGAAUGGGUAAGGCAGUGGCUGAGUGACAGACAACAGAGGGUUGUAGUCAAUGGAGUAUAUUCGAAGCAAGCUCUAGUUACCAGCGGGGUACCUCAGGGAUCGGUACUUAGACCCAUUUUCUUUAAUAAUUUUAUUAGUGAUAUUGCAGAAAGUCUUGAUGGUAAGGCAUGUAUUUUUGCUGAUGAUACAAAAAUAUGUAACAGGGUUGAUGUUCCAGGAGGGAUAAGCUAAAUGGCAAAUGACAACUCGAAAAAUGGUUAGAGCUGUGGCAACUGACAUUCAAUGUGGAUAAGUGCAAGAUAAUGCAUCUUGGACGUAAAAACCCAAGUGCAGAGUAUAGAAUUUUAUUUUUUAUUUUUUUUUUUUAUAGUCCUAACCUCAACAUCUGAGGAAAGAGAUGUAGGGGUAAUAAUUUCAGAUGACUUAAAGGUAGGCAGACAAUGUAGUAGAGCAGCAGGAAAUGCUAGCAGAAUGCUUGGUUGUAUAGGUAUUAGCAGCAGAAAGAGGGAAGUGCUCAUUCCAUUCUACAGAACACUGGUGAGAAUUGUAAGCAGUACUGGAGACCAUAUCUCCACAAGGAUAUUGAUACUUUUGAGAAAGUUCACAGAAGAGCUACUAAACUGGUUCAUGGAUUGCAGGAUAAAACUUACAAGGAAAGGUUAAAGGAUCUUAACAUGUAUAGGUUGGAGGAAAGACGAGACAGGGCGGAUAUGAUAGAAACAUUUAAUUACAUAAAGGGAUUCCACACAGCAAAGGAGGAGACUCUAUUUAAAAGAAGAAGAAAAACUACCACAACAAGAGGACAGUCUUAAAGGACCACUCUAGGCACCCAGAACACUUCAGCUUAAUGAAGUGGUCUGGGUGCCUGGUCCAGCUAGGGUUAACCCAUUUUUUUUUAUAAACAUAGCAGUUUCAGAGAAGCCCUCAAAGCCUCUAGUGGCUGUCUCAUUGAUAGCCGCUAGAGGCGCUUGCGUGAUUCUCACUGUGAAAAUCACAGUGAGACCAUGCAAGCGUCCAUAGGAAAGCAUUGAUAAUGCUUUCCUAUGCGACCGGCUGCGCGCGCUGCUCUUGCCGCGCGUGCGCAUUCAGCCGACGGGGAGGAGAGGAGGAGGAUCGGAGGAGGAGAGCUCCCCGCCCAGCGCUGGAAAAAGGUAAGUUUUACCCAUUUUCCCCUUUCCAGAGCCGGUUGGGGGCACCCUCAGGGCACUAUAGAGCCAGGAAAACGAGUGUGUUUUCCUGGCACUAUAGUGGUCCUUUAAAUUAGAGGGGCAAAGGUUUAAAAAUAUCAGGAAGUAUUACUUUACUGAGAGGGUAGUGGAUGCAUGGAAUAGCCUUCCGGCUGAAGUGUAGAGGUUAACACAGCCAAGGAGUUUAAGCAUGCGUGGGGUAGGCAUAAGGCUAUCCUAGCUUUAAGAUAAGGUCAGGGACUAAUGAAAGUAUUUAGAAAACUGGGCAGAGUAGAUGUGCUGAAUAGUUCUUUUCAGCCGUCGCAUUCUAUGUUUCUAUGUAAACCUGUAAAUUAACCCCUUAAGGACUGAGCCAAAUGUACACGUUGUGAUCAAAAUAAAACAAACAAAAACUUUAAUUUGCACUACAUGUCUGUUCAGGCGUAAUUCGCCUCUUUCAUAUUAUGUGUACCCACACUUACUAUAUAUCAUUUUAUUCAGGGGAAACAGGGCUUUCAUUUAACAUCAAAUAUUUAGGUAUAAACCAUAAUUUAAAAUUGAUAAAAUAUUGAAAAAUGGGAGAAAAUAAGAAUUUUAAAAAUAAAAUGUUUAGUUCUACGUGACAUUCUAACUGUGACUGUCAUAAUACUGUUUGCUUAUACUGCAAUAAAAUACACAUAUUUGUAUUCAGCGAUGUCUCACGUGUAAAACAGUAACCCCUAUGUAUAAGUUUUAUGGUGUUUUGGAAAGUUACAGGGUCAAAUAUAGCAUGUUACACUUUUCAGUUUUUUUCACAUUGAAAUUCGCUAGAUUGGUUACGUUGCCUUUGAGACCGUAUGGUAGCCCAGGAAUGAGAAUUACCCCCAUGAUGGCAUACCAUUUGCAAUAGUAGACAACCCAAGGUAUUGCAAAUUGGGUAUGUUCAGUGUUUUUUAGUAGCCACUUAGUCACAAACACUAGCCAAAGUUAACGUUAAUAUUUGUUUGUGUGUGAAAAAUGCAAAAUAAUUUGAACACCAAUUUUGGCCAGUGUUUGUGACUAAGUGGCUAGUAAAAAAAGAUUGAACAUACCCCAUUUGCAAUAACUUGGGUUGUCUACUUUUGCAAAUGGUAUGCCAUCAUGGGGGUAAUUUUUUAUUCCUGGGCUACCAUACGGUCUCAAAGGCAACAUAACCAAUCUGAAACGCAAGCCUUAUAUUUGACUCUGUAACCUUUGAAAACACCAUAAAACCUGUACAUUAGGGGUACUGUUAUACUCAGGAGACUUUGCUGAACACAAAUAUUUGUGUUUCAAAACAGUAAAAAGUAUUACAGCAAUAAUAUCGUCAGUGUAAAUGCCGUUUAUGUGUGAAAAAUGCAAAAAACUUCACUUUUACUGAGGAUAUCAUCGUUGUAAUACAUUUUACGUUUUUGAAACACAAAUAUUUGUGUUCAGCGAAGUCUCCCGAGUAAAAGAGUACCCCCCAUGUACAGGUUUUAUGGUGUCAUGGAAAGUUAUAGGGUUAAAUAUAGUGCUAGAAAAUUAAAUUUCCUAUACUUUCGGCCUGGGUUGUCAGGCAGGUCCCGCAAAUUGUAAUUAAUAAAAGGACCUAAUUAUGUUAAAUUAUUAUAUUAAUGUGUGUGUGUGGAAUUUUUAUAAUUUUCUAUUUUAUAUAUAGGUAUACAUAUAGUGAUAUAUACAUAUACGUGUGUGUAUGUGUAUAUAUAUAUAUAUAUAUGUAUAUAUGUAUAUAUAUAUAUAUAUAUAUAUAUAUAUAUAUAUAUAUAUAUAUAUAUAUAUAUAUAUAUAUAUAUAUAUAUAUAUAUAUAUAUAUCUAUAUCUCAAUCUCAAAAUACACGUAGAACGAAAUAUAUAUAUAUCUCAAAAUACACGUAGAACGAAAUAAAUAUAUAUAUAUAUAUAUAUAUUUCACAUAUAUAUUUUAAUUGUUUUUAUUAACGUAUUUACUAUAUAUAUAUAUAUAAUGUGUCUCUGCGCCCUCUCCUGUAAUAAAAAUAAAAUAUUAGUUAAAAAAAUAAAUAAAUUACAGUUACAAAUAAAAUAUACUUAGAUCACAUAUAUUAUAUAUAUAUUAUAUACACACACACACACACACUUAGAUCAUAUAUAUGAUCUAAGUAUAUUUUAUUUGUAGCUGUAAUUUUUUUUAUUUUUUUUUUUUAUUUUUAACUAAUAUUUUAUUUUUAUUACAUGAGAGGGGGCAGAGACCGUGUCAGCCAGUGAUUUCACAUCACUGGCUGACACACAGGAUCACUGAUCACAGUGACUGCCUGUCACUGUGAUCACCUCCUGCAGGUUGGGUAAUUGACCACAGGGGGAGUGCCUGGGUGGUACAAGCACUCCCCCUACCAAUCUGCAGGGGGAUCAUUGUGCCUGUUACAUUAGGCUGACACAUGUAACACUGAUCGCAGUGACAAGCUGUCACUGCGAUCAGAGUGCUCUGAGAUCGCAAUGACAGCCUGUCACUGCGAUCGGACAGUGCAGAUCGCGGUCACUGACGCCAGGUAUGUCCCCUGACCGCGAUCUGCAGGGGAAAGCCGCCGGCCACGUGUGUGACACACUGUAAAUACUGAUCGCAGUGACUGCAGAUCGCGGACACCAGCCACAGGGGGGGUUGACUGGAGGGCCAGACAUCCCCCCCCGACCGCGAUCUGCAGCGGGCGAUUAGCACCGGCCACGUUGUCGGCCAUUAUAGCGAGGGUGUACUAUUACGCCCGCCGGCGUUUAGAGCCAGCUCCUGCAGGGCGUAAUAGUACGUCCUCCGGAUUUAAGGGGUUAAGUGUGUGCAUAAACAUACAUUCGUAAUUUUAUGUUGCUAUCAACACUGCAGAAUUUGUUGUUGUAUAAAGAAAUUUACUUUUGCACAUAAUGAGAGAUGUGUACAUACAUGCCCUAACGUCUGUCAAGAUACAGAGUACUGAUACUGUUAUUUAGAACGUCAGGAGGAUCAAGGCUGCGAAAAAUGUUUAUUUACAUUACUCUUUGCAGUUUUAUUGAAAUAUAUUUUUAGUUUUUAAUAAUGCACCAAGUUGGCUACAUCGAAGAUAAAGCAUUAUUUUCAAGGGAUUUUAAUGCACAAAAGUUUUAGGAAGGAUACAUAUUAAAUUCAGUGAUGAGUUGAUAUUGGCAGGUGCAGAAGGGCAAUGUCCUACCAAGUACUUUCCUAACGCUUAAUCGAGCGACAUUGUUUCAGAUUACAAAUCCGUGUCUAUGCUUGCCAGUGAAGGAAGAUAGGAAUGUGAGCCUGCUUUACGGGUCAGUUAUAUUGUAUAAUGCAAAUCUGGACACACAGUUUUGAUUUUAUUGCAUGUUUAUUUGCAAAAAAACAUUUUUCAUUUGUUUUAUUUUUUUUUCACUUUUUUUAUUUUAUUUUUUUUUAUGUUAUUUGGGCAAAUUGUCCACAGCAUGGUGGGAAACAGGCUACUGCUUUUUUAGGAAGUCAUAAUAUGUCAGUUAUGUGGCCUACCUAAUCUGCCAUUUAGUCCUGUCUUGAUGGCUAUAGGUCUUGACAUUUUAUCUUAUCUCCAGUUAUGAUAUACUGUACUUGAAAUGAUUGUGUCAUACCUUAUUAACCCCGCCUGGCCUACCUGUAAAUAAAUGUUUAAAUCAUAAUAUGAAAACAAAUCCACCUUUUUAGUUUUUUUUUUUUUUUUUCUCAAAAGGAUAACUCAGAUUGCUUACCUUAUUUCCUAAGCAGGUUACCAGUUUGGGCCCUCCCCCUUAAUUGCUCUAAAAAAGAAUUGGGCCAAGCCAAUUCAUGGUGUGUCCUUUGUCUAGCCCCUGGUCUCUUGGCAGUUGCCUUGGGUCACUUUCUGCUUCCUGUCAUUCUCUUUUGCUUCAAAUACUCUGCUUCAUUUGAUGUUUGGAGGAGUUGUAGUAUAGUUAUUUAUUUUCUUAGCACCUACCGCACCCUGAAACCCUUGCUUUGGUCAUAAAGCUUUACCUUUGGGCAAAAUCUCUGCUAAAUACUUAGUUUCUGAAUUAGCUAAAUUAGUUCCUGUUUUCGUGAGCACUCAUUGUAGAAGAUGCAAAGAAGGGGAUUUACAGCAGAUACAUAAACAUCAAAUGAGUGUUUUGUUUAUGUUGAUCAGUAUGAGCUUUUUUUUUUGUAUGCAUUAGUAAUGGGUUAACGUGAUCAAUGAGUUCCCCCCCCCCUUCCCACCCCCAUUUUCUUUUAUGUAAAUAUAGCUAUUAAAAGUACUUGCAAAAAGCCUAAGGCAGGUAGCGCAUGUGUACUGUCAGCUUCCAUUGUAUUACAGUGUUUUGGAUGUGAAGACUUUGUUCAUACUGUUACAGUUUGUUAGCUGCUUGUCUGUUAUAUAGGCUAAAGGUCAUACUGCAAGCAAUGAAUAGAAACUAGUUCCAUGGCAUAUAUUCUACCAAGGAAUUUCCUGUGAGUGCAACUUUUAUACAGCACAACCUAGAGCUGGAUAAUCAGUACAAAGUGGUUGGGUUUUUUUUUUUUUUUUUUUCUCAAUUCUACUUCCAUACAUGAACUCAAGGACAUAUGUUUGUUUGGGGACUCUUGACAUAAUGUUGCACUACAAGUAGCAUACCUGUAAUUCUUUUUAAAAACUAACUAGAUCACUUUGAAAUCACCUUGGUGUCUGUUUUUCUCUUUCCUGCCUUUUUAUUUAUUUAUUUUUGUGAUUUAAUAUGGUGCAUAUUUAUAGCUGAAGUUCAGAAAAAGGGGUGGGCUGAACAAAGGAGUUCAUGUAUCGUGAAGUAAAUGUUUAAGUAACAGAUUUUUUUUUUUUUUUUUUAUCUUCUAAACCUCAAUCAUUACUCCCUGCUUGGUAGGUGUGUAAGAAGUUUUCCUUAUUUAAAAAGACUGUGUUUACUGCAAAAAGCCUGAAGGGACUGAUUAUACUCACCAGAACAAAUACAUUUAAAGGAGCACUAUAGGGUCAGGAACACAAACCUAUAUUACUGACCCUAUAAUGUUAAAACCACCAUCUAGAACCACUGGGCUCCCCAUGCCUCCCUAAAUAUAGUAAUAUUGUACUUGUAUUCAAGCCUGAAGCUGUUGGCUCUGCCCAUUUCUGCCUCAGAAUAGCAAGCUGUCUGCUGACCCUAUCAGAAGUGUUGUUCUGAGCCAAUCACAAUGCUUCCCCGUAGGAUUGGCUGAGACUGUGAAUGAGGCAGAUCCGGGAUAGAACCAUCACAAGUCAAAAACAUCCCUGGCCAAUCAGCAUCUCCUCAUAGAGCUGAAUUGAAUCAAUGAAUCUCUGAGGAAAGUUCAGAGUCUGCAUGCAGAGAGGGAAGAUACUGACAUGAUGUGAUGCACACUAGACAAGAAGUUAUCACUAGGCUGUAAUGUAAUGCUUUAGAACAUGUUCAUGGAACGCUACAUUAACUGAUGUUAAAAUCUGGUGUUCUUCCUGUCCUCUAUGCAUGUUUGAUAAAAUGAGGACAUGAUCGGAUGAUUUAUUGCUGCUUCAGCACUCUGGUCAAAUAAGGUUAUGCAUGCGUAGGUGGGGAUAAGGUGUGCAUUUUUUCCUUAGUGAUGAUUGUGCAUGAUUAUGUCAGAGCUAAUUUGAACUGAUUUUCUUUUAGUUUGGAUACUUGUCAGUGAAAUGCAGGGUCACAUAUGAGUCACAUUGUUUUACCAAAAUGAGACACUUUGUUUUAUGAAGUUUUUUUUUUUUUUUUCUGUAAUUGACUUAUACAUUAUUAACUUUAUGUAGCUUCUCUUUUUCUGUUACAGUUUGUAGCAAAAAAUCUAUAAACUUUUUUUUUGUUUUUUUUUUUGGGGUGGGUGGGGAGGGUAAAAGUGUAAAAUCUGACCGAUCCCAAUUGUAUACCCUUGCCCGUGAGGGGGAGGGGGGAUUCUACAAAUAUAAUUUUAAAUACAGGACGGUAAAGCAAAGGUGCAAUCACAAAAUUUACUAAAGGCUUGCCUGAUGACACAUGAUAUCAUCAUGUCACAUCAUACCGGUUUGGUUAUUAUUGUAAUUUAUUCUGCAGAGCUUUACAGUGUUAUAAAGGGUGACAUUUAACAAUAAAUGAGACCAUUAUAAAAUGUUACAGGUACAAGAGGUAUAUGAGGACAAUGCUCAAACAUGCCUACAAUUUAGAGUGGGUGGUUGCUUUAAAUCUACUUGGGGUGUGUGUGUGUGUGUGUGUGUGUGUGUGUGUGUGUGUGUGUGUGUGUUUCUUUGAUUAAAUUUUUUUUUAUUUUAUUUUUUUACAUUUGCACGUUUGAAAUAAUUUUAGCCCUUCAAACCUUAUUCAAAACUCAAUGAAUGUGAGCUUAAACAGACCAUAUAUACAUUUGUUUGCUACAUAACUAUUGUCAUACUCUGUUCUUUCAUUCUAAGACCUGCAGAUAUGAAAAGUGUAAGAAAUUACCCACGAGAACAAAAUAAAGGUCACAUUUUAUUAAGAAUAUUUCUCUAUUUUUUUAAUCCAUCUGUUUAUGAUGUUUUGAAGCUCUUAUAACUUACAUUGUAUAUGUAAAUAAGUUGCAUACUUCAUGACUAUGUUGCAAAGUAGCAUAUUAACUCGUCUAACACCAUGUGAAUAAAAACCACAGAUGUAUACAGACUUCUUUCUCUUACAUGCAUUUGUGAUGCUCUUCCAGGUUAGAGAUCCAAACACCCAGGACCUUCAGCCAAUAAUUGCUGCCUAAGUUGGACUAAAAUAACACUGAUAGUGUAAACCGUUAUUAAAGGGACAAUAAAGGCACUCAGCAGACCACUUCAUCUCAGUGAAGUGGUGUGGAUGCAGUACGCUGCCUUUUGAAACCCUGCAGUGUAAAACAUUUUUGUUUUGUUUUUUGUUGAAACAGCAAUGACUUCAUUACAGGGUCACAGAGACCUCUAGUGGCUGUCUUCCUGGCAGCCAAUCGAGUCAAUGACCCUGUCAGUCAGACGCUAUUCUCUAUUUAUAGAAAGCUUUUGAUUUGCCCAGCAAGGCAUUUUGCUUCCCUAUGGGAAAGCAUUGGUUAUGCUAAAAUCAUCAAUGUUAAUGAUCUGUCGUGGAGGUGGGGCUGCAGAGCGGAGACCAAUGCUGUGAGGGGGUACAGGUAAGUUAAACUGCUUUAUCUACUUAACACAGGGAUGUGGGGGCUAUCUUCAUAUUUUGUUGGACACUAUAGCUUUAGGAAUACAUGCUUGUUGAUGUAGCUAAAGAGAAGACUUCUGGGUGGCUCAGAAAGCCCUGUUAUUUUGUAAAACCACUCCUAUACAGUUUCACAUAAGACUGUGGAAUGGUACCCAGAGACUAGGCAAACUGUGCAGUUAUCCCCUGUAGUAAAUUAAUAUACAGAUCACCUCGAUGCAGUGUGGGUCCCUAAUCUCAGGUGGAGCUUAUUCUCUGUCUGUGAUUUGUGAGAGAUACAUUCUCUUGAGGCACCUGCCAAUUUCAAUUACAUAGCUGCUGUAUGUUCCAGCACUGUCCUUACAGUAAAACCUCCUGUUAACCCCAUCACUAUCUGUAACGGAACUCCCCGUACUCCAACCGAGUACCUUCCGUUGAUGGACGCUUCCUAGCCUGCGCCGAGGACCACAAGCACCGCACUGGACUCCACAACCGCCGUAGCUUAACUGGAGUCUCGCCGUCUUCUGUCCACCCUGGAUCGGCUUCUGUCCUCCAGGACCGUGUGGGGAAGACCUCUCCUCCCAAAGAGUGUAUCAGGAACAAGCUCUUAAAAGAGCUAAGUGAUUAAAACUCAAGGGAGUAUGCAGAGCAAUCCCCAGUGUGAUUAUAGCAGUUCCCUCCAAUGACGAGGCUACGCUUUGAAGGGUGAAAAAAGAAUUCUCUGUACUGGCACAUACGGCCUCUUUUAUUCACAUUCAACAAACAUAGUACUGCCCACAGGGUUUUGAAGAACAACCAAUCAACACAUUACACACUCCCAUUCAUUACAUCAGAAAUCCUCCCCUCUGCCUGUAAUACAAUUAUCUCAACACAAUAGACUAACAUAAUUAUCACAGGCAGGAAAAUACAGUAUUAUAAAACAUAUCACUGGGACCCCAAAUCAUGCAAUAACCCCAUAAAAACCGGGGGAUCUGGGUGAACCACAUAUCCAAAAUUCACCCAGAUCCGUUCAGUAGUUUAGAAGAUACGGUUUAAUGCAGAUUCCGCAGAACAUAUACAGGCUAUAUGAAAAAUAAUUACGGUUAAAUGUUUCCCCUGUUCUGUAGUUUAAAACUACUGAACGAUGUCUUUGUGCACCAAAUACCGGCGAGAUGGCACCGUGUAGAAAAGUCAAAACAUUGUCUGUGAGUUAAAAUGGCCGCCAUCCAUUGUUCUCACCAUGUGCUUCAUCCAUUGUUCUCACCAUGUGCCUCUGAUACAUGAAGUGGUGGCCACCCAGUAACUCCACAGUUUGUCUGGUAGUCUAUCCAGCCGAACCAACAGAUGAAACACAUGGGGCACAGUGCAACAAACGAAGGGAAUCCUAAAAAAUGUGGACAAUAGUCAUAUUUGUGCACAAUCUCCAGUUUUGUCACAGGGCACAAAUAGUGUUUUCAAAUGCCACAUAUCCCAGGGCCAUAGUCAGAAGGUAGGAGGCAGGCAAGCAGCCCCUUCCAAGAACACGUGGCGAGGUCUGUUCCACCACACUAUCACUUAAACGUUAUUCCCUACCUAAAAAUGUACUCAAACACUAACCCUAGCACCCACUCACGUACACUGGAAACCGAAUUACAAAAUAUAGACAAAUAUAGCUGAGACGGGGAGAAAAAAAACCUCCACUAUUAUGAAACCUAUUUUGUCUACAUUUUGCAAAACCAUUCUAUCAAAAAUGUAUUUGUUGGGAAGAAGAUGGUAGGGUGGCUGUCUGAUAAACGACCAGUUGUGUGUGGGGGGCUUGGUUAGCAAUAAAAUGCAUAUAUUUCUUAAACUAAUUAUACAAUGAUUAGAUGGACCGUAUCCAUGCAUAAUAACCACUUCAGUAAGCUGAAGUAUCUGUGUUGCUUACACUGUAAAUUUUAGGCCUGUACUAUUAGUUUUAAUAUUGUAUUCUUUAAAUCCCUCUCGUGGAAGGGUUUUAAAGAAUCUCAAUUUACAAAAAUCACAAAUGUUAUCUAUUUCGUGUUGGUUCAAGGAUGCCAAACCUGGCAGUUCCAUUUUAAUUAACUUUUUGGUUUCUUUAUUUUGGUUACUUGUUUGCGCAGCAGUUAAACAUUUGCCACACAAAAGAGUGUCUGUCAAGUAAUUGGGUCGUGUGCUUCUUUUUAUACAAAUUUGUUUUAUACGCUCCUUUUCAGCGUUGAUAAAUCUGAGACUGUUGCUCAGGACAUGGUGCCUAUUACAAUCAUUUGGGCACCAAGGGCUUAAUUGGACAGACUCUUCUAUUAUGUUACUGCCAAGUAUUGAGAGCAAAGUGCCAGGGCUACGUGUAGUACAUAGCAAAUUAUAUAAAGGCUAUUGAAUUCUUUUUUUUUUUUUUUUUUUUUAAAUUCUCUCAUUUGAAAGACUGGUGCAUUUGAUGAUCUAAUUUAUGUUUCUACCCAUCCUCCUAUAAUCGUUUGAUAAUGUCAUGUUAAAUACUGAAAAUAAAUGUGCUUUAAAGUGAACCUGUUAUGAAAAAAAUAACUAACUUAAUCUAUGCCAUGUACAUUGAAUGCACUAUAUGUCACAAAGAUAUAUGGUGUAUUCAGUGUAUAAUACAAAGCUUUACUUUUACUCCAUUCCAGUGCCACUUUGUGGGUGUAAUCUCUUUGUGCAACACACCUCCUGGCCCUCCUCCUUUCCGCUUGCACUCCUUGAGUCUUUGAUUUUCUCUGCUUGGGACGAAUACCCAAGCAGAGCAAGUCUUGUCAGUGAUGUCUACACGGUAGCUUUGUUCCUAUACGUCCUGACCACUGCUAGACGCAUUGGCUAGGGUGUUUCCAUAGCAACCAUAGCACAUGCACUGUGGUUGAUAUAGGUGGUGAUCAGACGUCUUGAGGUCUUUUCUGCUCUCCCUUGUCGGUCAAUGCUGUGGCACCCCCAGGCAGUGACUGACAGCUGGUUGAAACACCUGUUUUUAAACCGGUUUUGCUCCUAAUCUAUACAUUUGCUAGCAAACCUGCUAGCACAAUGUAUAGAUCGUGCUUAGUCUAAUGAACAUAAUUUGUGGGGCAUGACAGGUUUACAUUAAACUACGUAUUUUCUUUACUGUAAAACUGAGAAUAAGUAAAACCUUUUUGCUCCAAAUCCAUAGACUGCUCCUUUUUAUCUGGUAAUUUAAACUGUUCAGUAAGUAAAUAAAUGUAUUUGUUUGGAAAAUUUUAUAGUUUUUUUUUUUUCCCAACAAACAAAUGUUAUGUAGUAAACAGAGUGAGAGUUCUUGCAGGCUGAGAAAUAUUUCAUGCUACUUGCGCUAAAAUAAUGUGGCUAGUUGAGGAAAAUGGACAUUCAUUCGCAACAUUGCCAGUGGUUUUAGGCCACAUUGAGAAAUGUUGCCCAAAUAAAUCUCAUCCAUCUUCUCACCUGACAAUUUGUUCUCAGCAUAGGGGUGUAUGCUAAUAACAUUGACAUUAAUGCUUAGAACGAAUAUAUAUAGGCAGAGCAUGAAAACCUUACUACACUUAGUGAACUAUAGUUUCUUUUAUUUCAUCCUCUGAUGAAAGCAUUGUGUGCUUUGCUAGAAGAAAUACGGUAACAGGUGUCAGUCCUUUAUGAUGUACACAUUCUGCAGUGAAUCCAGUAUCCGUGUGCCAGGCCAAAAGACAACUGUCACCUCAAAACUAUAUUUAUGUAUGUAUACAGAGGUGGCUCUAGACUUUGAGGCCUUAGGCGAAACUCAAACAUGAGGCCCCACUAACAUCAAAGUUUAAAAAAAAAAAAAAAAAGAGUUGCAAUACAUGAACACAUAUACACAUUGAUGCACUUGCUACGUGUGUGUGAGCGCGCCUGAGAGUAUCCUUGUGUGAAUGUAUGUCUCUGUGAGCAUGUUUGCGUUUUUGUCCUGGACCGUAUGUGUAUGGGGUAGCUGCUUGAAGUGUGUUGUGUGUAUGGAGGUCUGCCUAUGGCCUUUGUGCAUUGGGUUUAUGGCAAAGCUAUGUUUCCUGACUCUGUGUGUGUGUGAUGAAUGUCUUCAGCUGGUGACUGUGACAAGGCGAGUAAAGGGGUACCGGUGGCAGGGAGAGCAUGACAGGGCCCAGGGGAUAAAUGGACAAGGGGGUGGGGGGGAUUGUGAGAGAAAGGGAGUAUGACAUGGUUUGAUGAGGGAGUGUGACAGGGCGAGUGGAGGUAAAUGUGUCAGGUCAAUUGUGGCAUGGUAGGAGGAAUUUGUGUGACCGGAUUAAGGGGGGGGUUAAUGUGACGGGGUGUUGCAGAGUGAGGGCAGGUGAGUUUGGAGGGAGUGAGAUUAACAGAAUUAGUAGUGGAUAAUGUGAGUGUGGAUGCAUGAAGAGGCUGACAGUGUGAGGGGAUGCUAACAGUCUGGGGAGGCUUGUGUGUGAGGGGUGGGGUUUUUGGGGGUAUAUAUAUAUAUAUAUAUAUAUAUAUAUAUAUAUAUAUAUAUAUAUAUAUAUAUAUAUAUAUAUAUAUAUAUAUAUAUAUAUAUAUAUAUAUAUAUAUAUAUAUAUAAUAUAUAUAUUUUUAUUUCCUGGUGGUCCGGUGGUGAUAUUCGGUCUGCAGCUCCGCACACCAAGUCUCGCGAGACCCGUCAGAGCCUUACUAUGGUAACCCGCGGCAAUGCUCUGAUUGGCCCGUUCUCGCGAGACACAUGGUCUUGCAGCUCUACACACUGCGGCGCUGCAGACUGGUGUCUGCGAUGGGCACUCUCAGUCCGAGCCAGGAGGGACCUCGCACCUGGCAGCAUACUGAGCAAGCAGCUGGGCCCCCUCCUGGUGUCGGGUCCUCGGUCACUGACAGAGGACCCGACAGUCUGCCCUAAGGUGAUUUAGGUGGCCGUGAUGCUUUAGGCGGACAACUAAUUAGAGAGCCGUAUGUAUAUAUAUGUGUGUGUGUGAUUUUUUUUUUUUGUUUUUUUUUUGUAUAAUAAUCCUUUCAUCAAGCUAUGAAAGUGCAUUUUUUUUUCUUUCUUUUACAUGAAGAAUAUGUUUAAAAUAAAUAACAUAAAAGCAUAGAAAAGCUACCUAAAUUUAGUAUGUGACAAGCUCCUUUAGCCAUAUACACCUCGAGUGAGUGAAAGGAUUAGUCUGUUAGGGAUUGGGUUCCAGUGGAACUAGAAUUAAUUGGCAUAUUAUGUUCAAAACAUGACCCUUUUUUUUUUUUCUUAUGUAAACUUGCUAGGUCUUUCUGUACUGCUCUACGCUUUUCUUUCUCAUACAAGUACCAGGUUAACAUUACAGAGAAUCACAUCUCAUUUUGUAUUUAUUUAUUUUUUUAUUUUUUUUAAACUUUAUCUUCCUUUUGCAAUGUGCUGCAGAACUCGGAUAUAAACAGGCAUUUAUUUUUAUUUUUUGUAGUGUGCUUAUUACAAGAAAUGUACAAAACCUAAAUGCCUGCUUUAUAAAAGAUCCAGUAGAUAUUUUGGAGCAACUUGGGCUUGUACAAUAGUCACCUUGUUUUAGUGUGACUGGAGAAAAUAGAGCUUUGUGAGAAUUUAUUUUACUCCUCUUGGUAUAUCCAAUCACAUGAAAGAGGAGAAAGUAAGAAACAACAAUCUUGUGUUUUAUGUAUAUUUUUAUUGGGAUAAAAAAAUAGUUAGAUAUCAGCCAGUGCACACUGCAACACAGGCAAUGUGAAUCUUAUGUUGAUUAAAAUGUAGAGCUGCUACAAUUAUUUGAAAGUUUAAUUAACUUCUUAGUGACAGCUGACGUACCAUGUAUUUUAGACCUGUAAAGGCUCUUACAGCAAAAAUCUAAAAGAACCAUCAGUUGAUGCCCUGCAGUAGGCACCUGGCAGCUGACCAAAUCCUAUAGUGUAGUGGUUAUGGUGCAAGAAGUGUUCUGGCAUGGUUUCACUUCUUACUUGGGAAUGCUGGGUGACGAGUUCAGAGUAUAUAUUUGAGAACUAUAUUUGACAUUAAGCAUAACUGAAACAUUGCAGUUAAGAACCCUGUGGGUAAAUAUUCAAUCUUCCUACUCUCUCAUUCACACUGUAUAUUCACAUUCGCCCCAUCACUCAAGCCACCUACACAAAGUCACCAUUCAUCAACAUACACUUCUCUUAGAUCCUGUAUAAAGUGUCACUCUCCAGUGCAUUCAAGCGGUCUUCACACCCCAACAGUGCAUAAAGUAAUCCACCUCUCCAUUUGCUUUUCGCGGCACGCAUUCAUUCCAUCACUUUUCACCCUUAUACUGUUACUUCAUAUAUGUUUGCCCAGUACGUCUAAGUAUAUAGCUAAUGGCCAUACACUACGAGUCUCCCCCAUAUGUUUGGUAUUCAAGAAAGAGCAUCCCAAUAUCGUAGGUAAUCCGUAAACCGUAGCAGGGGUCCGGUCUCCAUAUUUCAAGUUGUGGCAUACCAUACAUUCUCAGUGAACAAUGCCUCCCAAACAUUAUCAGUGUGAUGGUAGUCAACAUCACCAGGAGUUUCAGAUGAACAUUUUAUGUAAAACCCUGGACUACUCCUAUGUCUGUCACCCUGUGCCAAUUAUAGGUGCAGGGUGUCUAUUCUGUAUUUAUUGUUUGUCUGCUCUUCUGUCCUGCUGAUGCUUGUUACCAACUAGGUGGAUUUGGCAAUGGAGCAUUUAUAGCUACCAUCUGUUGGUAGCAACAGCUAAAUGCACUACAUGCAUAGAAAGGCUUGUUAAUUAGCAAAUUCGGGUAGAUUUGCAUAUUUCAUACCACUUUAUAAAUAUGGAAUUAUUUUAUAACUUGCUGUCUGCUAUGUUUUGAAUAUUUGUACUUUAUUGAAAUUGUCACAGCAAUCGAAGUGUAAUGAGCAUAUGGGCUAGAAAGAAAGUAUUGCAUGUUGGUUCUGUUUGGAACUGAGUGUCGUGUUGAUUUUUAUGGAUCCCAGUGACAGUCUUCAGACCUGUUGGCUGGCUGCCUGAUCCCUUUAGCCCUGGGAUAAAUCAAGAGAGCUAGGCCUGAGAGAUGCAAGUGCCUUUGUAAAUGCAUUGGCAAUCACUGUAAGCAGAGCUGCAGAGGAAUAGGCAGAGGGGAAGAUACCUGCCUGUAAGGAGAGCUGCAGCCUGGUCAGGCUGGGGCAGAAGCGUUCAAGGUUUCGCAGUUCCAGCUAGGAAGCGAGCUUGGUGGAGAUACCCAGCUGGGGUACAGGGAGCUCCAUCACACUCUGCUCUAUCUUUCCCUUCCCCAAAUGCACACUUGCCUAGAAGUCCACUUAAAACACUGGCAACUUGUGUAGAAUUGGCAGUAACUGCUAAUAAUAGCAACUGAAAGAGCCAAUAGAAGUAAAUACAAAUUAAUAAACGGUACUAUGACCCAUUAAAACGAUCUGUUCCCAAAUUAUCAACCAACAUGCUGGAGAUGAGAAGCUACAAGAGCUGACAUUUUUAAAUGAAGAAUAAUGGACUGUAGUCAAAUUACCAUUCUCUCCUCCCGCAGCACUUCUCUAUUUAGGCUGGCAAAAUAUAGAUAAAGAUAAGAAAUGUUAUAAUCCACAUACUGCUAGCCACAAAAUUGAUUAUAGCAAAACAUUGGAAACCUGUAAAUCCACCAAAUUUGAUUAGAAAUUAAAAAAAAAAAAUCUAAUUAUAAAUCAAUGCCAAAUGGAGCAAGGUAUAAACAGACAUUUCAAUAUAAGAAAUAAAAAUGAUCAAAGAUGUACAAAAUGGGUUAAAAAAGAUUAAAGGAGAGAGAAUAAAAAGACAAAGAGGUAUAUAAUAAAAAAAAAUAAGCUUUAUAUACAAAAAAAUUAUGCUGCACUUGUAACCUUAUUAAUACUACUCCCUAUCCUACAAUUGAGAGGGAAAUAUUACAUAUAGACUUGGAUAAUUUCAGUAUAACAACAAGAUGCUAAUUCUGCAAUGUCUUUUUUUAAUUGUGAAAAUUAGUGAGAAAAAGAUUAAAUUGAAAUAGUAAGAAAUUACCGUAUAUACUCGAGUAUAAGCAGAGUUUUUCGGCACAUUUUUUGUGCUGGAAAAACCCCAACUCUGCUUAUACUCGAGUCAGUCUGUAUUGUGGCAACUUACAUUGCCACAAUACAGACCAGGACCGCCGGGCUUAUUACAAGCCCGGCGGUCCUGUUGGUGGCUGACAGCGAGCUGUUACUUACCUUCCUGCAGCUCCUGUCAGCUCCCUGCUCCUCUGUCAGCUCUGUUCUGCUCCCAGUGUAAGUCUCGCGAGAGCCGCGGGUCUCACGAGACUUACACUGUGAGCAGAACUGGGCUGACAGAGGAGCUGCACGGAGGAGAAGGGAGCUGGCAGGAGCAGCAGGAAAGGUAAGUAACAGCUCACUGUCAGCCCCCUCACUGAACUGCCAAUGCCACUGGACCACCAGGGAUUUAAUAUUAUUAAGAUAAUAUAAUAUAUUGUUGUUUUAAUAUUUGCCUUAUUUUUUAUUUUUUUAUUUUUUAUUUUUUUUUCCGCCUCCCUGACCAGGCAACAAGCAGGGAGGGGGGACAAAAAACAUUUAGAAAAGAAUAAUGCAAAUAUUAAAAUAAUAAUAUAAUAUUAAAAAAAUUUUUUUAAUUUUAAUAUAUUAUUUUAAUAUUUGCAUUAUUUUUUUUAAAUGUUUUUUUUUGUCCCCCCUCCCUGCUUGUUGCCUGGUCAGGGAGGGGGGACAAUUUUUUUUUUAUUUUUUUUUAAUUUUUUUUUUUUAAAUAAUGCAAAUAUUAAAAUAAUAUUAUUAAAAUAUAAUAUUUUAAUAAUAUUAUUAUAUUAUUUUAAUAAUAUUUUAAUAAUAUUUUAUUAUAUUAUUAUUUUAAUAUUUGCAUUAUUUUUGUUAAAAAAAUUUUUUGUCCCCCCUCCCUGACCAGACAACAAACAGGGAGGGAGGACAAAAAUUUUUUUUUUUUUUUUUAAAUAAUGCAAAUAUUAAAAUAAUAUUAUUAAAAUAAAAAUGCCCUCCCCUCACCCAGUUUACACACACUGCAUUAUAUACACACUGCAUUCAUUAUAUCAACACACAAACACACACACUGCAUUCAUUAUAUCAACACACAAACACACACACUGCAUUCAUUAUAUCAACACACAAACACACACUGCAUUCAUUAUAUCAACACACAAACACACACUGCAUUCAUUAUAUCAACACACAAACACACACUGCAUUCAUUAUAUCAACACACAAACACACACUCUGCAUUCAUUCUAUACACACACUGUAAAUAUUAAAUUAAUGUAAUUUUAUUGGGAUCUAAUUUUAUUUAGAAAUUUACCAGUAGCUGCUGCAUUUCCCACCCUAGGCUUAUACUCGAGUCAAGUUUUCCCAGUUUUUUUGUGGUAAAAUUAGGGGCCUCGGCUUAUAUUCGGGACGGCUUAUACUCAAGUAUAUACAGUAAGUAGGAUAAUAUAGGCUAAAGGAAAUGGGUAUUUUGUGCAUCUCAGAAUUUUAAACAAGUUUUAUUUUAUUUUUUUCACUAUUAUAUACCCCUAAAUACGUAGAUUCAGAUCAAAUAUGCUCUACUACCAGUUGAUAAAAGGAGUACUCUUUCUGGAGUGAACAAGACAAUUGUGACGUAUAAUAAACUAUGUAAAUACUGUUUUAUGUUGGAUACGACAACAACCAUGAAUAUAAAAUUUUCAUUUUUGUAUAUUAUGUAUAACUAUGUCUAAACUACCUGUUUUGUAUUUUAUGUCCACGUAAUGAAAAAUUUAUUUAAAAAAAAAAAAAAAAGGAAACAAAGGGGGGAAAAAAUUUACUGAAAAAUAAAAAUUUAAAAGAACAGUCUUUUGCAAAAUAUAUAGGCUUAUGCCUUGGGUGGGCCUUGUUGAGUCCUACCUGGUAACAUCACUCAUCUUGGCUGUCAGACUCAUGGGGGGUUCUGUAGUCGUGGGUUUAGCACCGCCAACUCAGCUCCUGGGUUUUUCUCCCUCUCAAGUGUGCUUCUCAGAAGUUGGAGCCUGGCCUGCUCCCAGUGUAGCGGGUAUCUGUUGUGGCAGCUGUAGCCUUUUUAGAAAGUCCGCCAAGUCUUCUGCCUCAGACAGUGAUAAGUAUCUCUGCUUGGCAACACCAGGGUUCCUGAUACUCCCCACUGGUACUUAAUUCCAUGGUCUCUGAGCAGCUUAGAGACAGGAAUAAAUCUCCAUCUCUCCAGCAAGACAGAGAAUGGCAAGUUGUUGUGGGCUCUUACUUGACAAUUAUCCAUAGUGGUGGUGGGUGUGUUCUUGAGCGGGCCAGAAUCGCUGCUUUCAUCACAAUGUCCCGAGUGACGGCAAUGAUGUCCCUGGGAGCAUCUGCAAGGGCAGAUGGGAAGACUCUUCACCUCCAUCUCUGCAGCCAUUUUGUUUGUGAAUGCCAAAAUGGCCUUUCUGGCACCCCACAUAUGCGUACAUUCUUCUUACCAUGCUGCGCUUCCAUUGAUGUAACAGUGCAGGUAAGGUGCUUGGACUGCUUUGAUAGAUUUUCUACUUGGGCUCUGGUUUCUGUGAGUAUGCAUUCUCUUUCAACCUUAGGGUCUCCAGUGCUGCGAUGCGCGGGUUGAGGCACCUCAUCUUGGUGCGUUCUCCAUCCAAGGCCUUCUUCCAGACCUCGCCGAGAUCGAGCAAGAGUUUUCUAAUAUUUGGUAGAGGGUGAGAUGUCUGAAUAAUCCCUCCUGUACGCCCCGCUGAGGACCUGCAAUGUCGUGGGUCCUUCUUCCAGAGAUACCAUGGAUUCACUGGAACCUCAUGGCCUCCCUGGCACCAUCUUAGGCUGCGUUAGCUGCUGCAGCCUGUCUAAUACCCACCUAAUGUCAGGCAUUUUCUGAAUUCAUACAUUUUCAAUGUUUGUGCCCCAUCUCUCUUUUGGGUGGUUCAGGUCACUAAUCACCCAGUUGAUCCGUUAGAUUGCUGGACUUUUGUGUAAAUUUUGUGUGUUUUUGGAGUAUUCGGCUGGAGCACCACAUAAACACUUGUUAGGUGCACAGCCACGCCCCUCAUGAGAAAUGUAUUUUAAGUAGAGUUUGAGGUUCGUUUUUUGGGGUUUUUUUUUUUCAAAAACAUUUAUUCCCUCAUCAUGUGUUUAAUCAAAACAGGAUUUACUUUUUUUAUUUUAUUUUUUUUAGCUCAAGCAAUUGACUUUUUCAGUAUGGCAUAGUUGUAUGCAGGUAUGUUGUCUUACAGGCUUUUCCCACUAAAUUUGGACUAAUGAUGUGUAAGGAUUGGGUUGUGAACUACCUCCACAGACCUGCAUAUAUUUAUUUUUUAUUUAUUUAUUUUUGCCUUGAAAUGGUUGGAUUUUUUAUUUGAUUUAUUUUUGUGAGUGUUCAGUAGAACAUAAGCCCCAUAACAGACCUGCUCCUCCACUUCACACAAAAUUAUUUAUAAAGCGCCAGCAAAUUCCUUAGCGUUACGAACAGACACGUAAUUGUAACCAGACAAGUUGGACACACAGGAACAAUAAGAAAACUACUUGAAGCCAUUAGAGCUCUUAAGGAAUAUCCUCAUAUUGGUUAAUUAAUAUUGCUUCUUUUAGACCAGUUUGCAAGUAUCAUGAUUAGACCGUGACAGAUAUUGAGUGGAGCAAUUGAAAAAGCAAGAUUAUGUAGACCUGCAUAAUCAUAUGAUGCAAGACAAAUUUUUUGUGGCUCUGAGCAAGUGCAAAGCAAAGAUUUUUUUACAAGGAAGUAGACUUGCAGGUUUUGCAUAUUAUAAAGAAAAGCUACUCCAAAUGAUCUAAAUUAUGUUGAGUCAAUGAAAUACUUAUCAAAGUGCUACUGAAAAUUGGCAGAUGAAUUCCUUCAUUAUUUUGAUUGUAUUUAUUAAAUUGAUGAAAAAGUGACUGUCUUCUUAAUCGUAAGUUCUGUCGGUUUUUGCAGAAAUUUUAAUUUUAAAAGACCACCACAUUUGUUGGGAAAUGUGGCAUGAAUAUUCAUAAAUUUAUUGGCGCAUAUAAAAUAAUUACAUUUAGGGUACGAAAAAGCAACAGAUGAGAAAAAUCCAACAGAUUAAAAAAAAUUGCACCAAAAAUUAUUUUUAAAAAAACAUGGAAAUUUAGACUGAAAAGUGUCGGUGACAUUUUGUUGUGUAUAUACCCCCAAGGUGUUUUUUGUUUUUUUUUUUUGUUUUUUUUUUCCUUUCAUAACUUCACUGGCUCAGUAAAAGUGAUUGUUCAAAUUACAAGGUAUUCCUCUUUAUGAUAAAUCUCUUAUUGAAAAGGUAGAUUGCAGAAAAAGAAAAAUGCAUUGUGAGCAUGCACAUAGUCUGACAAUAAUUUCACAUUUAUCAGCAACUGUGUAUGACUAAAGCCUAGAUGAGCAUAUUAGCCAUAUAAUAAUAUACAUAAAGAAAUUCUCUAAUAAAGUCAAUGCUAUCCUAUGUGGUUCCAAGAAAGAUGGUAUAGGCGUUCGAGAGUACUGAGAAAUAAAGGAAAAUAAAAGCUAAGAGAGCACUGAAGGGUUUGAUGUAGAGCCAGGAAGUCAGUUGAUACUGCAGUGUAAGCAAGGUCCUGUUCAUCCAUUCUCACUAGACCUCCGUUCUAAUUUCCAGUUGGAUGCUUGCAGUUUAUCCAUGUAAUUGUGACUUUGCAGCAAAACUCUGUUUCCAUGUAUCUUGUCAAAGUACAAGUCAGGCCACACCCUUGUUUCGAUUUGAAACUGAUGCCUAAUUAUAUCCAUCGGUUUAAACAUAUUUUGAAAAUGUGAUGUAUCCAGAAACCGCUACCUGCCAGCUCUGGAAAAAAUCAUAAUGCUGAGGAAAUAAACAUCUUUUAUAUAAAAAAAAAUUAAAUAAAAAAUUAAAAGCCUCUUUCAGCGUGAGAUUAAAUACUACUGAUGUUAAAGGGACACUAUAGUGCCAGGAAUAGAAAGCUGUAUUCCUGGCACUAUAGUUCUCUGACUUGCCCCUCCCCGGUGAGUAAAGGGUUAAAGACCCUUUAUUCAUCUCUUCCCAGCGACGAUGUUCCUCGGCGCUGGAUCCUGGCUCCGCUCCCUCCAAAGGCCUGUGAUGAGCGGGCGCUAAUGCACAUGCGGGUCAAAUGCUGCUUGCGCGAUCUAAACCUCCCCAUCGGAAAGCAUUGAAUCAAUGCUUUCCUAUCUGCUGGAUGUCCUCAUGCAGAGCGAGGAAGUCUAGCAUCAUUAAAGGUCUGUUAUGAUUCAAGAAGCCCUCUAGUCUGGUAGACCGCCACUGUGGGAAGACUUAGUGCUGCAAUGUAAACAUUGCAGUUUCUCUGGAACUGCAAUGUUUUACAUUGCACACAGACUGCUUCAAUUAGCCGAAGUGAUCUGGGUAUCUACAGUGUCAAACAAUUUAGUAUUUAAAAAUAGUCAUAUUUCUACAAAAUAGAUUUUAAAGCGCAAAUGUCACUUCCUUGCAAAUUGCACUAUUGAAUAAAGCAUUGAAGAUUACCUAUAACUUAUGUUGCUUUAUAUUUUGUUUAAAGUUAAAAAGAUUUAGCAAGUGAUAUCACAAAGAUAUUGCAAACACUGUAAAUGAAGAGGAAAAUAGAAACUUGUUUUUACUUCUCCUCUUUUAUGUAUGUUUUUCCUAUGCCUACUGUCAAGUGCGAAGGACAGUGCUUGUAACAAAUAUGGAGGUGCCCAGUUGGAGAAUAAGGAGCUGUUAAGGAGAUGCAAGAUAAUUUUCCAUGUUGUUUAGAAGUGGCUGUGGUGAAGUGUGUGUGUACAUAGGAGUCUGUUUAUGGUGUACUAUGGGUAACUAGGGUCUGUAGUGCGAGCACAUGCUCACGUAUAGUAGCUGGGGGGAGGGGGGGAGCAUGUGAGAUGCUGAAGUACACCCUUUUUCCUUCUGUUUUGUAUUCCUUUAUAGCAAACCUGUUUUGUUAUAAUUGCUUUCUUUCUUUUACAUAUUGUACACAAUUGCAGAAUAUGUUGGCGCUAUAUUAAUAAUUGUGUUUUGAAUUAUCAGUAAUACUUGUACUCCCUAUUUAUGUCUCUCAUCAACCGAUUUCUGCAGCUGUUUGUUAAUACUACAGCAGCUAUAAGGUCACCCCCCCUAUUAUGUGACCUCAAUGGAAAAACUUAGUUUACCACUGACCUAUACAAAGUACUGUCUGCAUGGACUCUUAAGCGACUUCUUUAAUUCUGAAAUACAUGAAUGAUACUGCUUGGCAAGUUGGAAAACAGUGUGUGUGUUUGUGUUUUUGUUUUUUUUAUGGAAGCUGCAUUACAAAGUGGAUAAGUACAUCGUUCCAUUCAAAACAGUGAAAGGAACUGGAUUGGUUGAGUGAUCUCCUAUUCUAGCCUCUGCAACAAAACUUGCUUCUUCAGCAGUAGUUCCCAACCUAGUGUUUAGAGCACAUCAGUGUUACAGGUUUUGUCAGUAUCCCAGUAGAAAUAGAAUUUGAAACUGCAUAAAUCUAGAAUUGUUGGCAAACCUUAUUGUUUGAUAGUCUCUGCUUCAGAGAUGAAUUGAUAUGCAACAAGAGAGGAACAUUCAGAGUAUACCAGUUUUACUUUAUUUUUUAUUUGUAAUGCAUCACAUAUAUGCAUAUGAAAAAUGUUGGUUAACUCUUUUCAAUUGUUUCGCAUAUUUUUUUUUUUUUUCUGAUUAUUUACCAAAGUCAAAUCUUUUCUUGUGUUGUAUUUUUGUUUGCAGAUGUGGGGGCACUGUUGGCGCCAUAUUGACAUGCCCAUUGGAAGUUGUGAAGACAAGGUUGCAGUCGUCAUCCGUGACCCUUUACAUUUCUGAAGUUCAGCUGAAUACUAUGAAUGGUGCCAGCGUUAACAGGGUGGCAAGAGUAUCUCCUGGACCACUGCAUUGUCUUAAGUAAGAGUGGGGAAUUAACUUUUAUAAAAGUGGUCAACAUCUCAAUUCUGUUUCGUGUUUGAUGUUUGAGGUUUUAAUUAUCCUCUGUGAUCCUGAUGUUCUGACGCUCUGCAAUAUUAUUUUAUUAAUAGUCCAGAAUGGCUUCCUAUCUUGACAUACAAAUGGACUCAAAUAGGCAUUCUGUUUCAUAUAUCACCCUACUUAGAUAGGCGUGGUAUUGCUCGUUACAACUGGCAAUGGAAUGCUGUCUUAAACAUCAAAUUUUUUGUUUGUUUUUUUGUUUAUAUCCAAAGCAUGGGUUUUGAUCUGAAACAAGUUAGAAUUUGCUAACUAAUAUUUUGUAAAUAAUUUGAUAAUUAGCUAUAUGCUUACAGAGAUAGAUAUAUAGAUAUAUAUAUAUAUAUAUAUAUAUAUAUAUAUAGAUAGAUAGAUAGAUAGAUAGAUAUAGAUAUAUAUAUAUAUAUAUUAUAUCUAUAUAAUCUAGUUAGCCCCUGCACUCCAACCAUAACAAAAUAAUUAAAAAUACCUGGUGCUCUGGUAGCUGAAUAAUAUAUAACAAGAGAAAUACCGGCACUCAAGGAUUUUCAUCACAUAAAGUCUUCAUUUAUUGCGAAGAAAGAGUCGCAAUAAAUGAAGACUUUAUGUGAUGAAAAUCCUUGAGUGCCGGUAUUUCUCUUGAGAUAUAUAUAUAUAUAUAUAUAUAUAUAUAUAUAUAGAUAUAUAUAUAUAUAUAUCUAAUAUGUGUGUAUGUGGUAUGUUUGUAGAUCUCUCAUUUUCUUCCAAACUUUUUACUAGUAAUACUCAAUGCUUAGUAAACACUACUUCUGCAUUUUUACAUAGUUUUCCUCUUCCUUCUUGAUCUGUCCGUAGCUGUGUUGGAACUAUUUUGUGCUUCAGUGCUUUCAAGCUGAUGAAAUAAGAUGUAACCUUUUCUGUAACUGAACAUUCCACAUUCUGUGUGAAGGCAAAUAUUAUUAUUAACCUCUUAACGCCGUUACGGCGUUCUAUGCCAUCCCCAUUUAAAUGGGCUUUAAAGCCGUUGCGGCGGCAUAGAACGCCGUAACGGCUGCAGCCCCCAGAGCUCCCGGGAUACUUACCUCCACCGCGAUUCUUUUCGGAAGGAUUGCCUGACAGCCCAGGCAGCCCUCCCCCGGCAAAAGAAGCCCCCGGGGGCCAUGUGAUCGCUCUCUAAGAGCGAUCACAUGGCCCUCUAUAGCUGGCUGUGGAUCUGCCAGCAGGGGGACUGUAUAAAAUGUCAGACAGUCCCCCUGCUGGUGGGAGCUGUAAAAAAAAAAAAAAAAAAAUAGACGUGUACAAUUAAAAUAGAAAAUAUAAAUUGUUUAUUCUAACUGUAUUUUGUUAAUAUAUAUGUGUGUGUGUUAGUGAUGCCGCGAACCGUUCGUGGCGAGCUCCGGUCAGCUGACACAUCCCGGCCAAUCUCCAGCAGACCCUCCCUCCCACCUCCCGGACAGCAGAAGGAGAUUGGCCGGGAUGUGUCAGCUGACCGGAGCUCGUGGCGAGCCGUUCGCGAACGGUUCACGACAUCUCUAGUGUGUGUGUGUGUGUAAUAUAUGUGUAUGUAUAUGUAUGUAUAUGUAUAUAUAUGUGUAUGUAUAUAUAUAUGUGUAUGUGUAUAUAUAUAUAUAUAUAUGUAUAUAUGUGUAUAUAUAUAUAUAUAUAUAUAUAUAUAUAUAAUUUUUUUUUACAUUAGUAUACACGUAGAAUUUAAAUACCUCUAAAUGCAUAUAUAUAUAUUAAAAUUCUACGUGUAUGUUUAAGUAAUCUUUUAACAUUAUGUGAUUUGAUUAAUUAAAAUUUGAUUGACAUGCCUGACAACACAGGGAGAAAGUGCAGAGAAUUUAAUUCGCAAGCACUAUAUUUGACCCUGGAACUCUCCAAGACACCAUAAAACCUUUACAUAGGGGGUACUGUUUUACUCAGGAGACUUCGCUGAACUCAAAUAUUAGUGUUUCAAACUGGUAAAUUGUCUUACAACGAUGAUAUUUUAAGUAAAAGUGAAGUUUUUUGCAUUUUUUACAAACGUACAGCACUUUUAUGGACUAUAUUAUUCUUGUAAUAUGUUUUACUGUUACAAAUUUAAAAAAAAAAUCUUAUUUUCUCACAUUUUUAAAAUUUUUAUUCAUAAUAAAUUAUGUUACAUAUAUGAAUAGUUAAUGAUAAAUUAAAGCCCUGUUUCUCCUGAACAAACAAUAUAUAAUAAGUGUGGGUGCACUUAAUGUGACAGCGGUGAAUUACGGUUGAAUAGACAUAGCGCAAAUUCCAGUUUUUGUUUACGUUUUGUUUUGAUCAGAAUGUGCACUAUUGACUCCGUCCUGAAGGGGUUAAGUUAAAAUCAGUCUCCCAUGAAUCUGUUUUUUUUUUUUUAUUUAAUUUUUAAUUUUAUAAAAGCAUCAAAUAUUUUGUAUUAGUGAAUUUUUUUAUUUUUAUUUUUUAUUGAAACUUGACUAUGGUUUGCCCUCUAGUUACAAGUGUACAAUAUAAUCUACAAGAGUUUCAUAUUUAAUGCAGUUUGUGUCAUGAUUUAACUUCUUUCAUACAUUGCUUCCAGAGUGAGUUCUUGCCAGUGAACAGUUUGGAACUGGUCCUUGAAUAUCAUAUUCCCUACGUUAUUUAAUUAUCUGUGAAUGGUUUGGUGGGGGUAUAGGGGGUGUAGGGGUGAGGAGAUUCUUCCCCUGCUCUGUUUAACUAAAAUGUUUGUUUUUCUAGAAAGCCAUCCUAAUGGAAUUGAAGCUGUAAGGACAUGUACAAUAUCUGUUUGGUUUUUUUUUUAAUGUUUUUUUUCUAAGUGUAUAUUAGAUUAAAAUUAAGGAGAAGAAUGUAUACAAAUAAUGCAGAACUUUUUUUUUUGCGUGUUUUUUAAUGGAUUAUACAAAACAGGAGAGAUGGCCCUUCAAAAAAAAGAGGAGCACUGCACUCAGUGGGGCCGUGUCAGUGUAGGUAGUAACAGUCUACACAGGGUAUGAACCUAAAUAUAGAAUUGGAAAAAAAUAUACUGGAGAAAACUCUAUCCAAAUAUAGAGACCUUAUCUGGUAGAUAAGAAAUUACAGACAAUAAUACUUUCUAAAUAGUGUCUGAAUGUAGUGUGACUAGAUCUAGGUAUAGAGGAGAUUUCCAGAAAUGGCUACAAUGUGACAUACAGACUUUAUUAAGUGAGGCCAAAUGUACAAGGUAACAAUGGCUAAAUAAUGCUGUAUAGUGGCAGACACAAAGUGCUGGAAAAUGGGGGGAGAAUGGGGGGGUAAGAGACAGGAUGCUGAGACAGAGCCACACAUGGGCUGGGAAAGGGACAAAAGAUACACACUAAAGGGGCUGGGAGGUGAAGACACGCUUUCUCUGGGCUGGUGGAAGGUGAGAGAGACACAUAAAUGGGGGAUAAGAAAUUCAAAAGAGGGGAUAAGUGACACACAGGUUAAGAUGCAUUGGGGAGGGCAGCAAAAUGCAUGUUAGCCAAUGUAGUGUAAAAUAAAAACAAUUUAAAAUAAAUCCUUAAACCGACCCAGAGUGCUGUUCACACUGAAUCCCCUAAUAUUUGUAUAUUUACAUUUUAUCUUCAGUGCUGUUUAUUUUAUGAUUUUCUAAGCUUGUACCCAUAUGCCAUAUUAAAGAACAAAUGGCCUCGGGGCAAAAAAGGAAGUCCCCUCCCACCCCCACCCAUUUUAUUGGGAUGACUUAAAAAAAAUAAAGAAUAAACUAAUAAACAUAGGAAAAAAUAAAAACUGAACCAUGUAUGUAAGAAGGGAUGUAGCUCGUGCAAGCAGUUGAUAACACGUUGGGAGCAUAUAUCUGCUAAGGCUUUAGAGCGUUGCAACCACUAUACCAGCUAGUCCUAUAUUACUAAAUGUAGAAUUAAGCGUUUAUGCAUGUGAUGUCACCGCUGAGAUUUCAUAUUGGUUCUGCUUAAAUACCUAAUAAUGGAAUGUACAAGGUAUACAUCCUUGUGGAACAUAUAUAUACAGGAGAGCCAGUUUCCUACAGAGUCUUGUAUGAAGCAGUCUUAAUUAUAGCUAUAGGUCUGAUAAAGUAACUUGUCUCCCUAGUUACUAAAACUUAGGAACAGCCGUGAUUUCUAAAGUGGGCUAAUGUAAUAAGUAUAGCCAAGUGCAUUAAGGCUGCCUAGCCUCCAUAGCUAAUGCGCAAAAUAGCUAGACGGUUCUGUAUCUAGGUGGACAUAAUGUAUCCAAAUGUCUAUAAUAGUCUAUUUCUAUAUACUCUGUAACAGUCUGAAGUGUUACAAGGCUAGAAGGGUACUAAUGUCCAUUACUGACUAAAUGCCGGUUUUAUAAAAAAGGUUCAGAUAUACAAGGUUUUCCCCUCAUUAAAUUACCCACAACAAUUCUCCCACCAUAAUCAAAGUGAAGAACAAACUGUUCAGUGCUUUAAAAUCUAAGUUGAAGUAUGACUGGUGUUUCGGCGCUUCUAAAGCGCCUUAGUCUGAGGCAUAAGUGGAACCCUUCUGUUUAAGUCGUCAUUUAAAUAGUGCAAGGACCAAUGAAAUUGGUUGUCCCCUUAAACACACUCUAGCUCCCUCUAGGGAAUUAGACUUCUUUCUUUCAUAUGCCAUAUUGGGCAAAGAAAAUAUGUUGAUCUGAAAUGGUUAUUUAUAACAUCAGAGUGUUUAGAUUCCUUCACGGUCCAUCCUAUUUUUAAAUAACCGUUACAUAGUCUUCUCAGAGAAGCCUCUCUACCACUGAUGGCUUUCGGCAAUUUUGUUUGGGAUGGUGCAUUUGCCAUGCUCCGCAAAUUCUUUGCUUCUUAUAGUGAAGCAUUGAGUCCAGUGCUUCGCUAUGAGAAGCAUUCUGUGCAUGAUGAUGCUAAACAAGAAGACCAUACAGUUUCAAAGCUCUUCAUGAGAACAUCUUGAACAUCAGCUUGCACCUUUUCUUGACUGAAUGCCUGUUUACAAAUAUAAACAGCCAUGUUUUUUCACUGUUCAAUAUGAGAUACCAAGACUGCUACAUUAAGGUGAAGUGGAUUUGGUGCUUAGAAUGAUCAGGUAUAGCACAGUAAACUCAGAGGAGAAGCAUCUAUGGAGUUAAACUCAAAAUGAUGAUUGUCAUUAAUUGAAAGUGAAUUUUAUGUUUUAGACCAAAUUAAAUUUGACGUUCACUCUGAAUUCCCGACAGUUCUCUUUAGUGAGAAAUCAAAGUGAAUUUCAAAUGUAAUGCCAAAAUAGUUGAACUGUAAGGCUUAGAGGCUUUACAGGUUGUCUAUUGUGGCUAUCAAUUUGAAAUCCACUUUGAAUUCUCAUUCUAGUGAGAAUUUAGAAAUCUUUUGCAAGCCUAAACGUCUGCUGGGUUAAGGUAUACAUUUUCAGCCAGUUGGUUAGGACAAGAAAUGUAACUGAGCUUUUACAAAUUUGCUAGUUCUAAUGUAAGUGACCAUGGUAGCGAACCAAUUUCACUAGAGACCAAUGUCCCCAUCUUCUUAAUAGAUACAUUGAUUAAUGAAGUGGCAGUGGGUUCAAUGCAAAACAUAUCUAACCUCUUUGUGGUUUUAGAAACUAUGUAAAUAUUCUAGUUGUAUUUUUUUAAAUCGUCUUGUGUAGUAUAUUGACAUUACCUUACUGGAGUGGUUGCUCUUUUAAAAUAAAUAAAUAAAUUACAUUUAUUUUUUGCUUUAGUUGGUUCAAUAGAUCUCCUGUUUAGAGUUGAUUAAUAAAGUCAUUUAAACAUAAUUAAUAUGUUGUGGUGAGAGGCUAUUCCAGUUAGUAUAUGUUUUGCUUUAACCAAAUUACUUGGCUAAUGAGAGGAAAUUCAGCCCUUAGUUAGUUUUUCACAAACUGUAGGGUGUGAAUUUGGAGAUUUAUUUAUUACUACUGCUGUUUGAUAAACACAAUUCACUUGAAAUACAAUAUUCUAUGUCAGGGCUCGACAAAUAACCGCUCUCCCUCGCCACCUACCUGCAAUGUCCAACAGCCGGCUGCCCAUUGGACACCAGGGAAAGCUGAUCCAAUCCGGCUCUCCCAAGUGUGUCUGUCAAUGUAUGUGUGUGUUUAGGUGACCAGCCCCCUUCUGAUCGCAUGGUAAUGGUGUUUUUACUCCCCUUUUUUUUCCAAAAAGCCACGCCGGUCUCUCACGCCAUAGGAAAGCAUUGGGAAGCUAUUUCCAUGCGCUGCAAAAUGCUGCGCCAAUCCACAUCUUCUCAUAGAGAUGCAUUGAAUCAAUGCAUUUAUAUUGGGAAUGUUUAGCUCCUCCAUGAACAGCACUGAGAUAGGAAUCACUAUAGUGGCCAUCAUGCGUGACUACCACUAGAGGUGUUACUAUGCAGCAAUGUAAACACUGCCUUUUCUGUAAAAAGGCAGUGUUUACAUUGAAAAGCCUACAGGGACCGUCUAUAUAUACAUCUGAAUCACUACAUUAAGCUGUAAUGGUCCUGAUUAUUAUAGUGUCCCUUUAAGAAUUUAACUUUUGUCAUUGAAAAUAAAGCUUUGUAAGUUUAAUAAAGACCUGGCUUCUAAUAUUUUUUUUUUUUUUUUUUUUUAAUCUGGCCCCUAGUUUCAAAGCAAAUUAGUCAAGCCCUGUUCUAUGUUAAAGGGACACUAUAGUCACAAAAACUUUAGCUUAAUUAAGUAGUUCCGUUCAUGGUGUUUAUGUACUGAAUGAGCAUGCACUAAAUACAAAUUUUCAGUAUGUAUUUAUCAGAAAUUAGAUUUUCCUCUAUAUACAGAGAAUAAAGUUUGUGCUGCCUGUGAUGUAGACUAUUGCUCCUUCAGUUGAGUUGAACAAUAAAGUUUCAUUGUCUAGCAAUUUAAAAACUAUACUUUUUCUAUCUACUUUUUCAGAAUGAUCUUGCAGAAGGAAGGUACCCGUUCCCUGUUCAGAGGACUGGGCCCUAAUCUAGUAGGCGUAGCUCCUUCCAGGUACUAUUUAUUUAUUUUAGUUUUUUGCUUGUUUUUUCUUGUUCCUGACUGAAUUAAGAUGUUGAAUUGUGCAUUUGAAUACCCCCCUUCUUUUCCAUUAUAUUGUUUGCACUACUAUGCAGACCUUCCAAACUAUAU